AUGUAUCAAAAUGGCCAGCGCGAUACGACCCGGCCCUUUCAGGUGCCUCCACCUCCUCCCCCCAUGUCGCCGCCCCCUUCGGUCGGUCUCGGGAACAUGAUGGCCAUCCCUCCACCUCCACCUCGAUACCCAAACACCGCUGCGGCCGGGGGCAGUAUGCUGCUUCCUCCACCUCCUGGCCCUCCGCCGAACCCCGGGUUCCCGUCGAGUGCCGUCCCACCACCGAGUGCGCUGGGGAGCGCCCCAUGGCACGGAACAUGGGGCCGUGCCUACGACGGCCGUACCGCGUUCAAUAUACCGCCUCCCCCGCCAGGAGGUGCCGGCGGGAAUGUCCCUGCGGCCUAUAACCCCAAGGCGCAUGCGCAGGCCAUCGCUGCGGCAAACGCUGCCGCGGGGUUUGGAGGCCAAACCAGCCUAGCAGUGCCCCCACCACCGCCCCCGAGCGAGCAGAUGAGCGCAACGUACAUCCCUUCUGGGGGCGAGACGUAUGGCGAAGGCGUGGGUAUCCCCGGGCUCAUGUCAUCGGGAAUGGACUCUGCUGCGGCUACGCCACUAGACGAGACCUCGGGCCGUGACAGACUGUACGCAGCCGCUAUGAACCAGCGCGUGCUGUCGAACGUCUCGACCGCAAGCACGGCAUCUUCGUCUGUCCCGCCCGAGGUUGCAGCCCAGUGGCCGCUGGAUCGGGUACUGACGUGGCUCAAGGUCAACAAUUUCUCCAAGGACUGGCAGGAGACCUUCGAGCUGCUCAACAUUUACGGUGUGCAGUUUCUCGAGCUGGGGAGCAGUCACGGUGGGCGUGGUAAUUUUGGUAUGAUGCACCAGCAGGUGUACCCGCUGCUGGCCAGGGUAUGCAAGAAGAAUGGUGGCGAGUGGCAGCAACCCCGGGAACGAGAAGAGGGCAAGCGGAUGCGGCGUUUGAUCCGGAGCAUCGUGACGGGUCGCCCUGUCGAUACAGUCAAGACCUCCUCGACUGGCCAUUCCCGCAAAGAGUCUGCUAGUGCAGGUUCAUCCGCACCCAUCGCCGUGACCGAAGCAACGGCCGAGUCUCCCAACACCCCAAUCAAAGCCCCGGGGCCCGGCUUUGGCGGGAGGCGGUUUUCGCAGUCUUCCCGGUCAACGACCAUGCCGACACUCAGCAACAACACCGGAGCCCCCGAAUCCAACCACAGGAGUCUCAUGAAGAACAUUGACACCGACGUUGCGCGCCGCCACAGCCCGAACUUGAGCGAGUCCGGUGACGCCGGGUCGCUCCGAGUGUCGACGCCGCUCGGUAGAGAUAGCCCAACGGGAAGCCCGGUCCCCCAGUCGGGCUUGCUACCGCCGUCUUCCACUGCAGGCAACGUCUCUGCCUCACCCCAUACCAGCGUGUUCAGCCACCGCUCACGGAACAGCACGGACUCGGCGUCGUCCAACGCCGCGAUCUACGGCUCGGGCGUCCCACCCGACGCGGCUGCCAUGUUGAAGAGCGGCAUGAGCAUCGGCGAUGUGGUGAACGGAAACCGUGCAGUUGAAGCACCCCAGGGCCGACGUUUCGGUCCCGAAGGUACCCGGCCGUCACCGCAGGACUCAGGUGACCGCAGCGCGGGGACAGACCCCCCGGGCAGCGCGAAGGGGAGCAGCUCGUUUCUGUCCCUGUUCCGGAACAAGAAGAAGGGCGAAGAGUACGAGUCGCCGACUAGUCCAGGUCCGAACAAGAUGCAUUUGUCGGGCCUACGCCACGGCGAUGGGAGCGAGACUUCGCUCGACCGGCCAUCGUCCAAGCGUGCCACGGGCGGGCGGGUAUUUAUCCUUGCAACAGCGGACUGCUGGAAUUAUCGCAUGCUCGAUGUGACGGAGGUUGGCUCAGCAUCAGACUUGCGGCAGUUGGUGUGCAUCAAUUUGGGCUUACCGGAUAACGACGGUGCCCAGAUCUUUCUGACGGAGCUGGGCAAGUUUGAGCAUGACGAGGAAGCGCUCGAUGACACGAAGCUGCUGACAGCCAAGAGCCACAUGGGCGAUGCCGUCGGCUCUUUGAAGUUCUUUGUCCGGCCCGGUGUGCUACGGAACCCGAACGACCCCCUAGCGGUUCUAAUCGAUGAAGAGGCAUACGCCAAGCUCAACGGCCGACUACGGUCCAGUUCGUCGCCGCCUAGCUCGAGACAAAACACUGCUAGCGGUAGGGAGCGGGAUGAGAAGAUGUUGACGGCCGAGGCGAUCCAGUACAGGACGGAACAGAUGCGAAAGCAGGAAGAGUAUCUAGCCAAGCGAAAACAGAUCCUGGAUGCUAAAGAAGGCAGCAAUGGCCAGGACUCCGGGGAACUCAGCCCGUCCUACGGCAUCGUAGGCCGCAACGUGGAUUUCGACCAACCUCGCAUAUCGCCCUACGAGGACCGCAAAAUCGACACCCUGUUACCGCAGCGCAAGGCCCCGGCCCCUCCCGAAGACCCGUCCGCCACGCUACUCAAGGCCAACUCGCUCAGCAAGAAGCACGGCGCGCGCAUGUCCCAGGGGAGCAUGGACGGCAGUGGUCGUGUGAAGCGUACGUCAUCCGACUUGCGUGAGGAGGCCUUGUUCAACAAGCACAAGGGGCGACCGAACGCCAUGCCAACCCCUGAGGGCGGGAUUCACGGCUUGCUCGUAGGUAUGGCACGCGAAAUGGCAGGCAUUGGCCACCCGACCACAGGCGGGGCUCACGGCUUGUCUCCACACCGCGUGUCGUCGAUGCCGGUGGCGAACAGCAACAGCAACGGCACCACCAACAACAACGGAGCUACUUCAGGCAGCGAUCGAGCAGCACGUGCCCCAUCUCCCGGAGGGAUCAGUCCCAGUUCUCGCCGGCCUAGCGCCGCCGCAGCAGAAACAGCAGUAGCCCACAAGAGGAAGUCGCACGGUCCAGAUACCGACUUCCAGGGUAACGAUGUUCGGUUCUCGCAGGCACCUACUUUACCGGGAGCCAACAGCAAAGCCGGUCCCCAAAACGCCGGUUAUGAUGACGACGACGACUCGGGAGACGACUCGGAUGACGGCCUAUUCGCGGUCCCAAUCGCCAACCGCAAUAACAACGCCGCACAGAAGCCAGCAGCACAGCCCUCGACGGGAGGUGGUGAGGUUGAUGCUAACGGGAAACGGCCGAGCUUGCGGGUCAACACGAAGCGAUCGAGGAAAACGCUCUCAGUUGCGUUCCAGUCACCGCAAUCGAGCGGGGAGAGCAAGUUCUCAGGCGACAACGAGGAUGACACAGCUAGCGGUCACUCCUCGCAACGGAGGACCCCUGGUACGCCUGGGUCAGAGGGUUGGGAGUCAGAGGACCGGGAGACGAAGCUGGGCAGGCGCAAGUCAUUCAUCGAGAAGGAUGUGUGGGCCAACCGCCCGCCGACCGAUGCGCUUAUCAACAACCUCGAAGACUUCUUCCCCAACUUGGAUGUCGACCAGCCAGUCCUCGAAGAGGGCGACGGCCCGUCGCCCAUUGAGGAAGCGGAUGAGACGCUCGUUGAGCAAGGUUCAUCUUCCCAGUCGUCUUCCUCGAUUCCGCCGUUACCACCACUUCCCGCUGGCCUGUCCUCCAGCCAUAACAGAGUGUCGUCGAUCUACAAUGAGAACGACACGUUGGGGUCCGACGAGUCGACUCUUAAAGCGCUCGACUCGCGACCCGUGUCGAUGCAGACGCUGGCGCAUCGCAGCGUGCGGCGAUCGGGUGGCCUCGGCCGCAUGAAGUCGAUCCGAGAAGUGGCUCGGGGGGCGCACGAAGCGAACAAGCGGUACACGCAAGGGUCGGGCCCGCUGCAUUCCGGCCAGCCCGGUAUCCCCGGCGCUGGGGGCAUGGUGGAUAAGAGCACGAACCUGAUGCGCCGCAAGAGCACCAAGAUGUUCAACGCGAAUAUUGUGCAGAUUCGGCCGGAGCGUGGGUCGUUGAACGCGGCUCUCGGGCUGAGCACGAUCCCGCAGGAUAGCCUACCGAUACAGCAGCAACAACAACAGCAGGGCGCCGGUGGCAGUGGUAGUCGUGAUAGCAUCCCCAAACGGCAGACCACGUUCCGGUGGUUCAAGGGCCAGCUGAUCGGCAAAGGUACAUUCGGACGGGUUUACCUCGGUAUGAACGCCACCACUGGUGAGUUCUUGGCCGUCAAAGAAGUCGAAGUCAACCCCAAAGCCGCCCAAGGCGACCAAAAAAAGAUGCAAGAGCUCGUGGCCGCCCUAGACCGCGAAAUCGACACGAUGCAGCACCUGGACCACGUCAACAUCGUGCAAUAUCUCGGCUGCGAACGUAAGGAGCGCAGCAUCUCCAUCUUCCUCGAGUACAUCUCCGGUGGUUCCAUCGGUUCGUGUCUGCGCAAGCACGGCAAGUUCGAGGAAGCCGUCGUCGCCUCACUCACCCGGCAGACCCUUGCGGGCCUCGCCUACCUGCACCGCGAGGGUAUCCUGCACCGCGACCUCAAGGCCGACAACAUCCUUCUCGACCUUGACGGAACCUGCAAGAUCAGCGAUUUCGGCAUCAGCAAGAAGACGGAUAACAUCUACGGCAACGACAAAACCAACUCGAUGCAGGGGUCCGUCUUUUGGAUGGCGCCCGAGGUCGUGCGUUCCCAGGGCGAAGGGUACAGUGCCAAGGUGGACAUCUGGUCCACCGGCUGUGUGGUGCUGGAGAUGUUUGCUGGGCGCCGGCCAUGGAGUAAGGAUGAGGCGGUUGGAGCGAUGUAUAAGAUUGCAAAUGGGGAAACCCCGCCGAUUCCGGACGAUAUUCGCGAGGAGAUCACCCCGAUUGCGCUUGCGUUCAUGUUGGAUUGCUUUACUGUCGACCCGACGGACCGCCCGACGGCGGAUGUGCUUUUGUCGCAGCACCCGUUCUGUGAGCUCGAUCCCAACUAUAGCUUCUUGGAUACGGAGCUCUAUGCCAAAAUUAGGCCCGCGCUCAAAUAA